AUGGAUAUUGAUGAUAUUUUAGCCUCCUUAGACCAUGAUACCACUGCUGUAGAAUCGUUAAGAAGCGAUGCUGAUAACUAUAAUGGAAGUUCUACCCUUCUCUAUAGUGAUUUAACUUAUAAUGAUUCACAAACUAAAGAUAAGCAAAACCCCAAUACAAUUUCAAAUUCUACGGCUACUACAUCUGCCACUAUAACCACAUCUGCUCAAGAUUAUAAUAAUUUAAUAGAACUUUGGAGGAAUGAGAGAUGUUCGCCGGAAUUAUUGCCAUAUCCAACAAAACUACUGGAUAGGAUAUUACCUCGUUUACAGCAACAAAUGGAAUACAUAGAAUCAUUAUCAAUGGGAUUCAUAUCAGAAUAUUCUCAAUCUUCAAAAUUACCGCUUUUAUGUAUGGAAGCAGAAUUAGAAAGAUUAAAAUUCGUCAUUAGAUCCUUUCUGCGUUGUAGAUUGAAAAAAAUUGACAAAUAUAAUUUUUAUUUACAAUCAAUAAUUGCUUCCAGUGAUACCGAUUCAGCAAAUCUUUUAUCUAAACAAGAAUCAAUCUAUUUAAAUAAGCAUUCCCAAAUUCUUUUAAAAUUAUUCAAUAACUCGAUUUUAAAACAUAUGCCUGUAGAUUUACAAGCAAUUCAAGAUACUGAAGGUUCAAUUAGUAUGGUAGAUGAACCUAAAUGGGAUCAAUUUGUUUUUAUUUAUGUAAAGGAUUUGUCAACUCAAUCUUUCAUGGUAACAAUACCACAAUUAAAUGAGGAAGUAGAAUUAUCUCCAGGUAGUAUCUAUGUGAUGAGAUAUUCUGUCAUAAGAGAUCUGCUAAUGCAAGGCAAAAUUCAAUUAAUAUGA